UUGGCAUUGUAGCAUGAUUGAUUUUUAUCCUGAUUUCACUCUGAAGUUCCCAGCUGUUUAGCUGCAAUAUCUGCAUUGCGCCUGCCUGAACUGAAUGCACUUGUAAAAAAAAUUCGGGAACCAGGCCCCUGGAUUUCAGUCAUCAUGUCGGCCGCCGUAGACGAAAGGGUUACAGAUGAAGUGGAGGCUUUGGAAGCUAUUUUAAUGGAUGAUGUGGUUAUAAAAACGGUGGAUGACGUGCCCCAUAUGAUUGAAACAGUGGUGCAUCCGUCGACGGGGGAUGACACCGACCAGCAGUAUGUUUGUGUGACCCUGGAGGUUAAGUUGACUCCAGACUACCCCGACAGCAGCCCCGAGGUGACCCUACGCAAUCCCCGAGGCCUGGACGAUGUUCUGUUGAACACAAUUAAUUCACAAAUCAAAGAAAAGUUGAUUGAUUGUCUGGGGCAGCCUGUUGUGUUUGAGCUCAUUGAGCUAAUUCGUGAGAACCUAACAGAGAGUAACCUCCCGAGCGGUCAGUGCGUAAUCUGCCUGUACGACUUCAUUGAAGGGGAUGUGUUCAUCAAGACACAGUGCUACCACUACUUCCACAGCCACUGCCUGGCCAGCCACCUCAUCGCUGGCCGGAAAUAUUAUCAGGAGGAACUGGAGAAGCUGCCGAAUUGGCAGCAGAUGCAAGCACCACCGUAUCAGCAAACAUGCCCAGUAUGCCGUUGUGCAGUAUCCUGUGAUGUAGAGACCCUCAAGAAAGCACCAGCACCCGUGGAAUCCAUCACUGCCCCACCAUUCUGCCUUACAGCUGAAUUAAAGGCAUUGCAAUUGAAGAUGGCGGCGCUCCUAGCCGCUCAGGCCGCCAAAGGAGGUGUUGUGGGCGACGGCCCCGACGGCCCACCACCGCUCACCAUCACCAGCCCCGCCAACAGCGAUAGCGAGGCGAGCAACGGCUCAGCGAGCGCCGCGCCUGACGCGAAACCUGCCUCACCCGGCGCCGCACAAAAUGGCCACGGCAAUGCUUCGCAGUCCGAGCCCGCCUGUCGCCCGCCCUACAGGUACGAAUUACAACUAAGCCUCCGUCACACAUAA